AUGUCAACUGCUGCAGCAUUCAAAUUGGUGUUGGUACGUCAUGGUGAGAGCACUUGGAACAAGGAGAAUCGUUUCACUGGUUGGACUGAUGUAGAGUUGUCAGAGAAGGGCGUGCAAGAGGCUGGUAACGGAGGCAGACGUCUGAAGGAGGAGAACUUGCACUUUGACAUUGCCUACACUAGCGUGUUGCAGCGUGCCAACAAGACAUUGGACAUCAUCUUGAACGAGCUCAACCAAAAGGAUAUCGUUCCCAUCAGAUCGUGGCGUCUCAACGAGAGAAUGUACGGCGCCCUGCAGGGUCUCAACAAGUCCGAGACCGCCGCCAAGUACGGCGACGAGCAGGUGCUCGUCUGGAGACGUUCGUACGAUGUGCCCCCACCCGCCCUCGAGCCAACCGACCCCCGCGCACCAGUCAACGACCCAAUCUACAAGGACGUCGACCCAAAGCAGCUCCCACUGACCGAGUGUCUCAAGGACACCGUCGAGCGUUUCCUGCCCUUCUGGAACGAGACUGUCGCGCCAUCGAUCAAAUCAGGCAAGAAGGUGAUCAUUGUCGCUCACGGCAACAGUAUCCGUGCUCUCAUCAAGCAUUUGGAAAACAUCUCUGACAAGGACAUCGUCGGAGUUGAGAUCCCCACCGGAAUCCCACUCGUCUACGAGUUGGACGCCGACCUCAAGCCAAUCAAGCCACACUACUACCUUGCUGACGAGAGUGUCCUGCAUGCCGCUCAGCAAGCUGUUGCCAACCAAGGUAAGGCCAAGCAGAACUAA